AUGAGCGCCACCAAGCAUGUCUACUACUUUGGCGGGUCGAAGGCUGAUGGCAACCGUGACAUGAAGAUGCUUCUCGGUGGCAAAGGCGCGAACCUUGCUGAGAUGGUGAACAUUGGCAUCCCAGUGCCGCCCGGCUUUACGAUCACGACGAUGGUGUGCGCUGCCUACCAGCAGUCCAAGGCAAUCCCCGACGAUGUGGUAGCUCAGGUGAAGGAGAACGUAAAGAAGGUCGAGAAGGAGAUGAAAAAGUCCUUCGGCGAUGCCAACUCACCGUUGCUCUUCUCCGUCCGCUCCGGUGCGGCAGCAUCGAUGCCAGGUAUGAUGGACACGGUCCUGAACCUUGGCCUCAACCGCAACACCGUCGAGGCGUGGGUGAGGCGCACGCCUGAGCAGUCCCGCUUCGUGUAUGACUCGUACCGCCGCUUCAUCACCAUGUACGCGGAUAUCGUCAUGCAGACGGGCCGCGAGGACUUUGAGCACGCACUUGGCGAGAUGAAAGAGAAGAAGGGAACCAAGUUCGACACAGACCUGACUUCUGGUGACCUCAAGGAGCUCGUGGAGAAGUAUUUGCGCCUCUUCGAAAAGAAGACCGGCACCCCGUUCCCGCAGGACCCGUGGGAGCAGCUGUUUGCUGCUAUCCGCGCCGUCUUCCGCAGUUGGGGCAACCCGCGUGCCGAGAUGUACCGCCGCCUGAACCACAUCACGGGCCUGGUCGGCACGGCCGUAAACGUGCAGGCGAUGGUGUUUGGCAACGUGAAUGAGCACUCCGCCACUGGCGUCGCCUUCUCUCGCAGCCCGGCCACUGGUGCGAACUACUUCUACGGCGAGUACCUGGUGAACGCCCAGGGUGAGGAUGUCGUGGCCGGCAUCCGCACGCCACAGCAGAUUGGUAAAGAGUUGUCCCUCAUGUGGGCCAAGGAGCACAAGGUGAGCGAGGAGGAGCGCAAGCGCCGCUACCCGUCCAUGGAGGAGUUUAUGCCGGAGAACUACAAGCUACUGUGCAGCAUCCGGGCACGUCUCGAGGACCACUAUCGCGACAUGCAGGAUAUCGAGUUCACCGUCGAGAACGGCCGCCUGUGGAUGCUGCAGUGCCGUAAUGGCAAGCGCACGAUCCAGGCCGCGCUCAGAAUCGCAAUUGACAUGCAUCAGGAGGGGCGCAUCACCAAGGAGGAGGCCGUGCUGCGCGUUGAUCCCGAGCAGGUGGGCCACCUGCUGCACCCUAACAUCGAGCCGGCGGCGGCCAAAGCUGCGAAGGCGAUUGGCAAGGGUCUAGCGGCGUCCCCUGGCGCGGCGGUUGGCCAGGUCGUCUUCGAUGCUGAGUCCGCCAAGGCGUGGGCGGCGCAAGGCAAGAAGGUCAUCAUGGUGCGGCUUGAGACGUCUCCGGAGGACCUUGCCGGCAUGAAUGCUGCUCAGGGUAUUCUGACGGCUCGCGGUGGCAUGACCUCGCACGCGGCCGUGGUGGCCCGUGGUAUGGGCAAGUGCUGCGUGUCCGGCUGUGGUGACCUUGUGCUCAAGGGCAAGAGCUUCACGCUGAACGGCCACAAGUUCAUCGAGGGCGACGUCAUCACACUCGAUGGUACUCGCGGUCUGAUCUACAAGGGUGCGCUGAAGCUACGCGCUGCGUUGCUCGAGGGCGACUUCAAGGUCUUUGUGCGCUGGUGCCAGGAGGUGAAGCGUCUUGGCGUGCGCGCCAACGCUGAUACGCCGGCGGAUGCAGCCAAGGCUCGCGAGUUCGGCGCUGAGGGUGUGGGCCUGUGCCGUACAGAGCAUAUGUUCUUCGAGGCAGACCGCAUCGAUGGAAUCCGUGAGAUGAUUCUCGCCGAUACGAAGGAGGGCCGCGAAGGGGCUCUCAAGAAGCUGCUGCCCAUGCAGCGUGGCGACUUUGUCGGUCUCUUCCGCGCCAUGGCUGGCAGCCCGGUCGUGAUCCGCUUGCUUGACCCUCCGCUGCACGAAUUCGUGCCACACGAGGAGUCCGCUCAGCAGGAGCUGGCUGCCAAGCUUGGCGUCCCGGCAGAGAAGGUACGUCAGCGCGUCAAGGCUCUGCACGAGGUGAACCCCAUGCUUGGCCUGCGCGGCUGCCGUCUCGGCAUUACCUACCCCGAGAUCUACAACAUGCAGGUGCGCGCCAUCAUGGAGGCCGCGCUCACCGUGGCGAAGGAGGGUAUCAGCGUGCAGCCGGAGAUCAUGAUCCCGCUUGUAGGCAAGAAGGAGGAGCUGUCCUUCACCAAGAAGCAGGCCGUCGUGACGGCGGAGAAGGUGCUCGAGAAGGGCGGUGCUCGCGUGCAUUACACAAUUGGUACCAUGAUCGAGGUGCCACGCGCGGCGCUGACAGCAGGCCAGAUCGCCGAGGAGGCGGACUUCUUCUCCUUCGGUACGAACGACCUAACCCAGAUGGGCUGUGGCUUCUCACGUGAUGAUGCAGGCCAGUUCCUGCACCUGUACGAAGACCUCGGCAUCUACCCUCGCGACCCCUUCCAAUCUCUCGACCAGGAGGGCGUUGGCUUACUCGUUCGCCUUGCCGUCACCAAGGGCCGCACCGUGAAGCCGACGAUGAAGAUGGGCAUCUGCGGCGAGCACGGCGGCGACCCGCGCACCGUCGAGUUCUGCCACCGCAUGGGGUUGAACUAUGUCUCUUGCUCUCCGUUUCGUGUGCCAGUCGCCAUUGUGGCCGCCGCCCACGCCGCCGUGAAGGAGAAGCAGGACUACGAGAAGCGCAAUAAGGCUCUGGCUGGCUCUAAGCUGUAA